AUGCGAUCCAGCGGCCCCAGGCAAGAAACCCGCACCCCCACGGUGAUAGAGCUGGAGGGAAUCUUGCGCAAUAACAGAGUUCCACUUAGUCGGAUUGAUGAGGUCUGGCCAAACCUGUACAUUGGAGAUAUGACAGUGGCCCAUGACAGAUUUCAGCUGUGGAAGAUGGGGAUUACUCGUGUGUUAAACGCUGCACACAAACAGCUGGCCUCCAGUGGCUGCCAGGAUUUCUACGGUGCUGCUAUAGAUUAUUAUGGCAUCACAGCCUGUGACCUGCCAAGCUUUGACAUUUCUGCCUAUUUCCACUCCGCAAGUGACUAUAUACAUCAAUCCCUCGAUAUACUGGGAGGGAAGGUGUUGGUUCACUGUGCCUUUGGAUACAGCAGGUCAGCUACCCUGGUUUUGGCCUACCUGAUGAUUCACCAUCACCUUACACUGCUGGAUGCUGUCAACACGGUAGCUGAACACAGGCGAAUUUUCCCCAAUCGAGGGUUUUUAAAACAGUUACGCGCCCUGGACAUGAAAUUACAACUAGGAACGGAGGUCUGA